AUGAAUUUGAGCUCAUGGAACAUGUUCUGGCUCCUGUGUUUUGGAUUGUUGGCGAUACUGAUCGUCUUAGGAAAUACUCUAACCAUCUGGAUAUUUCUGAAGCAGAAACAACGCAAACGAACUUCUUUUCUUCUAAUCAGCUUGUCUGUUGCUGAUUUACUUGUGGGAUUGUUGACCAUCCCUCUUUUUAUAGGAGCAUAUGAAGCAUCUUUGAUAACUGUAGACACGGUAUUCCUCCGUGUUGACGUUUUCACAGCGUUAGCUUCCAUCUACACCCUUGGCGUCAUUUCUGUGGAGAGGAUGUUUGCCUUCGCUUGGCCUUAUCAUCACAGAACUUUGAAACUUCGUGCUUACAUCUGUGCUAUUGCCACACCGUGGAUCAUGGCAACAAUAAUCACUGUUUUACUUUUUACUCUUAACAGAGUAAGGGGCCUUCUUAUUUUUUGUCCUGCCGCGCCUCUUAUAGUUAUGUGUCUCGCAUAUUAUGUUAUCUGGAAGAAACAGAGAUCAUCAAUGGGUAACCAGAAUCAGUCAAGAGAGGCUAGGUUAGCAAAGACUUUAUUUUUGAUAACGGGAGCUUCUAUUUUGACUUGGCUUCCAUUUCAAAUUCUUAAUAUAGUGCUACAAUUUGGCGUUACAGCAAAUUUUUCGUACUCGACAUUGUCAAUCCUACUCGUUAGGGUCUUACAAUUUAGCAAUUCUCUCGUGAACGUGAUAAUUUAUCCGUUUAGAAUCCCAGGAUUUAGGAAUACCCUUUGGCGGAUGCUCCCCUGCCGUCAAAGGUUCGACGAUCUGGCCCUAACGCCAGCUAGCGGAAUAGAAGCACUUUCAAACUUAAAAUUUAAAAGAGGCACUGUCGAUAAUAUAGACGGAGAUUUACAGAGUUUGGUUUUUGAAUUUAAAGCCGGAAAUAAACGCCUCAUGGAAGAAAUUCGUCACAUCACUGCCGAAGAGGAGAGCUUGAAAUCAGAAGUUGCGGAAUUGAGUCGCCCCAAAACGAUGUUCCAGGCAAACAUAAUUACCUUGGACAAAUUUGUGGAGUAUGAUAAGGAUUUUAUUAUCUAUACAGGAUUUCCUAACCGCGCAGUGUUCGAUAGUAUCUAUGCAUGUUUAAACCCUGGAAGCCAAGGAGAUAAUAUUAUCUACUGGCAUUCACAAUCAGAUGAUUUUAUGGAAAAUUAG